AUGGAAAUUGCAGAUUAUGUGAUCAAAAAUUGGGCUUAUAUUUUAAUUAAUAGAGUAAGAAAUGUUAAGAGUAAUGUGGAAAAGGAUACAUGCUUACAGAUAGUCUAUUAAAAAAAUACGGAAUAGUAAAAACAAUUGAAUGUGAUGAUAAUAAUACUGUAAAUAAUGAUGGUUGCUCACAGAAUUGCAAGAUAGAAAAUGGUUUUAAAUGUAUAAACCCACCAAGCACUGUUUAAAAUUAGAUAAGUUAGUCUCUCUGCACAACAAUUAAUGAUGGACCAACUCCUUUCUUAAAACUAGAAUCAUAAUUUUCUCACUUAUAAAACUAAUAUCAAAUUCAAGGAAUGA